AGAUACGUUGCAACGUGCAACCACAACGAAAUCUCUCUUGCUGCCUGUCUUGCAAGUAUGCAACGAAUCACUAGUACUAUAUCCAUUAGGUGGAAAUGUCUAAAAUGAAAGUGAAUUGUUCGACUAACCAUUAUACUAAGGCUGAAGACGACGGAUACCACGAAAUAGGCGGGCAAGAGUCAGCAGCCUUUGACGAAGAGCGAGAAUUUGGUGACUAUGAUGCUGGGACUGGACGCAGGCAGGAUUCGUACAAGUGCAAAUUGCGAUGCCGGAACCGCUAGUGGUUUCGAAUAUAACCCCGAAGAGUCAGCAAACAGUGCUGAACAAGGCGAAUACGACGAUGUUGUAGCACCAGAAGAUGACGAUGAAAGGUUCGGAGAGGCUCAUCCGGAAGAAUUGGAUGGAAGUAUGCACGCGAGCGAAUACCUUGCCGAUCCUCCUGAAGCUCCCGUAGCUGUGGAUGAGACAUGUGCGAUACUUUCUGGGUCGGAUGAGUAGUCGUGAAAAGAGGAACGGCCCAAUAGUAAUGUUUUGACGAAGGUUAGAGGACAGCACGCCACGCACAGCGGGACGGCAAAGGAUAGUCUAUGUACAUCACGGAAACUAAGCACAUGCUAAACGACUGUCUAUCUCAUUAGUACGAUACUGAGAACCAGAAGACUGAGACGUUCAGAUUC